AUGGAAAACCUAGGUCAACUCGUACCAACCAAACAAUUUGUAUUGAGCAACAUCGAAAGAAUGCAAUCACAGUUAAUUGUGAGCAAAACAAAAAUGAAUUCAAAAUGAAAACAAUAUUUUUUCAGAGAAUCAGCAAUACAAUCAAUGGUGUUUUGGAGUUUACUUACAAUGAGAGAAUAAUGCUUGGCCAGUGUAUCCAAGUUUGUCAUGAAGAUUUGAACACUAUGACCGCGCUGGCGGUGAGUUCUGAAUAGAUGGUAUAAACAUAGUGUUUGAGAUUUUCAGAAUCGAAUAGGUGAACUUGGAACUGAUGCGUAUCUUGAAAUGAUUGACGAAAAAUGGGAUCAUUUUUCUAGUGUUAUCGAUGUAAGUAUUUGAUAAACUUAAUUGUUCAAUUCGAUAUCAAUCACUGAAAUUUUCAGAUAAUUGGAGAAAGUGUUGAAUCUGCUUCAAUGCGCAACGGAGUUGGUCAUCCUCCACUUCGAUUUUGA